AUGAUUUUGUACCAGGGCGUUGGUGCCAUCCAGGAUUUGAAAGACCGGUACCUGACACGGUUGACUGGUAACGGCCCGUCAGGAUGCAACACAAAGAUCAAGGAGGUUUAUAAGGCAAGUGUCUUCACCAUGUUGCUGGGGAUGACUAAUUCGAAAUGUAUUAAGGCUUGUUGCAAGCCUUGCCCGUCACGAGACGAAAUUUUCCUCUUUGGCCAUAGUCGAGGAGGCUUUAUUGUACGAUUGGUGGCAGGGAUGCUAUACCAUCUACAUGCCCUGUUGCUAGACCCGCAGAAUUUUGACCGUGCGUUUCAAGAAGGCUGGGGUAUAUACCGUGCUGCUCGCUCCCAAAGCCAGUUGGAGCAACAGAGGCACUCGGUGUUGUGGUUCUGGAAACGACAUACUCGAGCAUCGGCAAAAAUCCGUUUUCUUGGAUGCUUUGAUACCAUGAAAGCUUUCGAUGACAACGACCUCAAUGGCGUCGCCCUCCAGAGCAAUGUGCUUCACGUCCGCCACGCUCUAGCUUUACCCGAAAGAGCGACAGCCCUGAGUCCCGAGCGGUUUCAUGUAGCCACUCAGCCUACACACGAUCACACAGUACUCUCUUACCAGGAGGCCUGGUUCUAG